UUAAAAUUGGUACGGUCAUAAACGCGGUGUUUUUUUUAAAAACCUUCCUAAAAAUAUCUGUGAAAUAUUCGAAAAAAAAGGAUGAUCUAAAAAAUUUUUUAACUGUUAUUAAAAUUUUUCAAUCUAGAAUUGUGAUUUUGUGAAAAAAUAUCACGAUGGUGUGGAGACCCCUCAACCUGUCGGAAGUGUGUCCCACUCAUACACAUCUCUCUGCCUGCUCCCAACUAGCAUACGUUUACUUGAACCUGCUCGUGCAAUUGUACGGCGACUCCCGCGACCGCAGAAUCGCAGAGAAGAUAGAAAGAGAAGAUGAUACAGUGAUCGAGAAGAUAGCGAGCUAUGAGGAUAAAAGAGAAGAGUAUGACUUUAUAGUGGUAGGCGCGGGCGCUGCCGGGUGUGUAGUCGCUAAUAGAUUAUCCCAGAAUAAGAAGUGGAAGGUGCUGUUAUUAGAGGCAGGUCCAGAACAGCCGGACGUGUCGCUGGUGCCGGGCCUGUCAACGGUACUACUAGGCUCCAACGUGGACUGGGCGUACAGUACCGAGCCAGACGGGAAGAGCUGCCUGGCAUCGCGCGGCGGACGGUGUGCCUGGCCGAGAGGCAAGAUGAUGGGUGGGUCAAGCUCUAUCAACUCGUUGGCCUACAUCCGCGGCAACCGCCUUGACUACGACACGUGGGCGCACCUCGGCAACGUAGGCUGGAGCUACAGGGAUGUGCUCCCUUACUUCAAGAAAUCCGAGAGAAAUCUAAACUUUGAAGGCUUGAAUCGUAAAUACCACGGCGUCACCGGCGAGCAAUACGUCUCCCGUUACCCUUACUUCGACAAACCAUCCAUCAUGAUCACAGAUGCCUUCCACGAGAGGGGACUGCCUUUAACAGAUUACAACGGAGCUCACCAGUUAGGCGCAAUGCAAGCGCAGGCUAUAUCUCUAGACGGCGAAAGAGUAUCAACCAACACUGCAUUCAUCCGCCCUAUACGGUUCAAAAGAAAGAAUCUAACUGUGAAAACUAAUUCAGAAGCCGUGAAAAUCCUUAUAGACGAACAUAAAAGAGCUUACGGUGUUAAAUAUAUUAAAAACAACUUGAUAUAUACAGCGUUUGCAAAGAAAGAGGUUAUUGUUAGCGGUGGACCGAUAAAUGCACCGAAACUUCUAAUGUUAUCAGGUAUAGGACCGAGAGAUCAAUUGGAAAAUGCUGGUAUCGAGGUUAUUAAAGAAUUAGCUGUUGGUGAAAACUUACACGAUCACGUCACAUUCAAUGGUAUAAUAAUAGUUGUUCCAAAUAAUACAGCGACUUUACGUACUAAUGACGAAGUUAUAAAAGAAGUUAUUAAUUAUUAUAAAAUGGAUAUAAAAAGAGGUCCUUUAUCUGGGAAUGGCGCUGUUAGUUCUGUAUCGUUUAUUAAAACUGAGCCAGAUUUACCCGCACCUGAUAUACAAUAUCAAGUAGAUAGUGUAAAAUGGAGGGAAUAUGUAAGAGAACCUGUAGAUUAUGAUAGAACAAGGAUUUUUCCUACAGGUUUCUAUGACGGUUUGAUACCCAGAACUAUGAAUUUAGUACCAUAUAGUAGAGGGAAACUUUGCCUGAAUACAACUGAUCCUAAUGGUCAUCCACUUUUAUAUGCUAAUUAUUACGACGAUGAAAGAGAUUUGAUACCACUGAUUAAAGGUGUGCGAUUCCUUCUGUCGUUAGAAGGUACGGAAGCAUUUAAGAAAAUGGGGGCACAUUUCUUAAGGGUCAAACUGCCUGCUUGUAGAGGUUAUGAAUGGGGUACGGAUGAAUACAUUAUUUGUUUAGCAAGACAUUACACGUCGACGCCGUAUCAUCCUGUAGGAUCUUGUAAAAUGGGUCCCGAAUGGGAUGAGAAGGCUGUGGUGGACCCGAGGCUUAGAGUGUAUGGGAUAUCGGGUCUGCGUGUUAUAGACUCCUCCAUUAUGCCUAUCGUACCUCGCGGUAAUACCAACGCACCAUCUAUUAUGGUGGGAGAGAGAGGCGUGGCUUUGGUGAUAGAGGAUUGGACUCAAAAUUAUCAUCAUAACUUAAAUUAAGUAUGAAAAAUAUUUAUAACAAUAUAACAUAUGUAUCCUGUUGGCGAGAUGUCCUAAUAAAUAAAUAAUGUUGUGGAGUUUCCACUGGUGUU